AUGUCAAGCUUUGUCCCUGGUCAUUUUGGUGAAUACCCUCCACCUUUGGGAGAGGGGCCAAGCCACCUAGAAUGCCCCCAGGACCCAGACCAGACAAACCUCGUGAUCAGUGAGAUAUUGCAAGUCACUGUCAAUAACUCCAUGUUAGACCCACUCGACGAUACCCUCCAAGCCUUGUGUGAGGAGCCAAGCCACCCGGGACGCCCCCAGGACCCAGGAGAGACACAUCUCGGUGGAGUGGAACAAGUCGUCAUUACCGUCAUUCGUGCAACUGAUCUCGCUCUUGGUCUCCGACGGAUCCCUGCUGGUUUCUCUGUGGUAGUAAAGACUGACAGUGCUGAAUUCCAGACUAGCAACAAACUCGUACACGUAGAUCAGGCUGUUGUCGAAUGGAAUGAGCCCAUACUUCUAGAGACUCCAGGCCGUGCGAGCCAUCUUCUAAAGUUUGGAUCAGCGUGUGUGCCUCGUUUGAAUUGGGCCCGAUGCUCCGAGUCGGUCAUGGAGAAGUCCUCCGCACGUUUGAGAUCUCCGUCCGAGAAUUACUGGAUUGCAGUGAAAAGUCACAUCAUGUUAACAAGUAUCACAGCCAUAAUAUUUCAGCCCAAGCAGGGGGAAGUCGUCUCCACGUUUCUUCUCCCCAUUACUACUCUUACAUUCCGCGAUAUGGAUGCGUUAGUACUAAAGACAGAUGCCGGACAUUGUCUUCUCGCGCGAUACUGCAAGACGCAGAACAGUAUGGAUAUCGACCAAUCCAUAAAGCACUUUGAACGCGCCUCAGAUCUCUGCCACAUGGACCAUCCCUACCGCCCUGCAGCACUGCUCAAUCUAGCUACCACAAAGUUUGCGUAUGCUGACGCUGCUGAAGAGUCACUGAGUGAAGUCCUCGAUGUCUGCCACACAGACAGCCACAUUCACAGAGCAGCUUUGCUUGCAAUCAAAACAUCCGCUCUGCAUCCGGCUGGAAAUACUGAUGCAAGUGAUCUUGGGCAAGAGCGGCCCGUUGCAUCCAUGCUUCCGUUAUCGCCAGAUCAACUUGCUCGUCGUGCAGCACGGUGCUUGCAAAGAGAUGAUGACCAUGACUUGUACGACACCAUGCAUCCUUUCCGAGGGCAAUUGCUAUUGCUUUGUAAUCUGAGUAUGGUGCUGAGCAUUCACUUUGAGUGUCAAGGUAGUGACAAAGACUUGGAUUGGGCUAUCGCACUUCAGAGAGAAGCGCUGGCUUUGUGCCCUGUCGGUCACACAGAUCGGGAAACGCUGGCUCUGUACCCUGUCGGUCACACAGAACGAUACAAGCCAUUGCAUAAUCUUGCGCAUCUACUCUGCACACGCUUUGAUCAGCAAGGCAAUGGCGAAGACUUGGAUCAGGCUAUUACACUUCAGAGGGAAGCGGUGGCUUUGUGCCCUGUCGGUCACCCAGAUCGGUCCUUGCCAUUGGAUAAUCUUGCGAAACUACUCUGCACCCGGCUUGAUCAGCGAGGCAAUGGCGAGGACUUGGAUCAGGCUAUCGCACUUCACAGGGAAGCGCUGGCUUUGUGCCCUGUUGGUCACACAGAUCGGUCCCUGUCAUUGAAUAAUCUUGCGGCUGCACUCUACACCCACUUUCAUCACCGAGGCAAUGGAGAAGACUUGGAUGAGGCUUUUGCACUUCAGAGGGAAGCGCUGGCUCCGUGCCCUGUUGGUCACACAGAUCGGUCCAUGUCAUUGAAUAAUCUUGCGAAUCUAUUCUCCACCCGGUUUGAUCACCGAGGCAGUGGCGAAGACUUGGAUCAGGCUAUUGAACUUCAGAGAGAAGCGCUGGCUUUACGUCCUGUCGGUCACACAGGUCGGUCCAUGUCAUUGAGUAAUCUUGUGCUUCGACUCUCCGCCCGCUUUGAUUAUCGUCGCAAUGACGAAGACUUGGAUCAGGCUAUCGCACUUCAGAGCGAAGCGCUGGCUUUACGCCCUGUCGGUCACAAACAUCGGUCCAUGUCAUUGAGUAGUCUUGCGAAUCGACUCUCCGCCCGCUUUGCUCACCGAGGCAAUGACAAAGACUUGGAUCAGGCUAUUGCACUUCACAGGGAAGCGCUGGUUUUGCGCCCUGUCGGUCACACAGAUCGGUCCUCGUCAUUGAGUGAAGAUACUGGCAAUCUGAAUGCUGCCAUGCAUCAUUUCAAGGCAGCAGCAAAUGUCGUCUCUGGAGCUUCAGUGUCAUCUCGUCAUAAUGCUAUGAAGAACUUCCCAAAUACGCUUGCCGUGGAUGCUGCAUCAUGUGCUCUUCGUAGUGGUGAUGUCUGUCAUGCUGUUGAGUUGUUGGAACAAGGCAGGACAGUCAUCUGGACCCAGAUGACACGACUCCGCACGCCUCUUGACAGCCUCCAGACUCGCGGUGAUCAUGCAGUGGCCCUGAUGAAGAGAUUCAGAGACCUCAGCUCCCUUCUUGAUAAACCUCCUGCAAGCCAUCCAGAAGGGUCCCCAAUAGUCGCUGUAGAAGCAGAAGAAACCCGGUACAGACGUCUAGUAGAGGACUGGAAUAGAGCUGUAGAAGAGAUCCGGAAGAUCGAGGGCUUCUCUCGCUUCCUACUUCCUCCUUUGUUCUCUGAUCUCCAAGAUGCAGCUCGUGACGGGCCUAUCAUUGUGCUCAUCGCAAGCAAAUCGUCUUGCGACACCAUUAUUAUCCCGUACCAGCAACCUCCAACUAGCAUUCAACUCCCUACCAAUCUUGAGAAACUCCAGACAUUGGUGGUCAAACUUCAAUGCACAAGUGGAGAAGCACUGACAAAGGUCUUGGUGGAGUUGUGGGACGAUGUUGUCCGCUCGGUGGUCGAAAAGCUGGGCGGAUUUGCGCCAUGA